AGCCAGCUUGUUCGAGUAGUUUGAAAGAGAAAGUCGUAGUGUGUGCGUGUGUGUGUGUGUGGAGUGUGUUGUGAGUGCGAACAUGAGACGGGACUGAAGGAGCAGACGGUCUGGUCUCCUCAGAGACUGAUUUACUCCUCAGUGUAACUACAACAGCGUGUCACUUUCUGCCUCCAAGACGGCGAGUUCACGAGCUCCUCAGUUCCUCACUUGUUUCUCUUCAGGACGCUGUUUAAUGAAGAAGACACGGUUCCCUCGUCUCGUCUCGUCUCUUUACCGGCUUUCAAAGGGGAAAUAUGUUCUAGUGAAACGCGUUUGAACUUUCCUUAAAGUUUAUUUAAUCGACUAGGUAACGGUGAAGGCUUUCACAGGGCUGGCUGUCGUGGUGUGUGCGAUGCGCGGUGGAAUGGACUAGAACCACUAACACGACAACAACAACAACAACACAAGCACGAAAACAUCCACGCCGCUCAGUUUGGCAGCGUCUUCGCAAGUGUGGCAUCGGGUUUUCGGGAGGAUUUUCUCCGGGGAACAUGGAGGAGGACAGCGCUCGGGAAAACGCCGAGCAGUCGAGGUGUAAAGACUCGGAGCGCCAGCUUCGCCUGCGGCUGUGUGUCCUGAACGAGCUGCUGAACACCGAGCGAGAUUAUGUGCGCACUCUCGCCUUCCUGCAGUCGGCCUUUCUCCAGAGGAUCAGACAGAUGGGAGAAAAUCAGCAAUGUCUGACACCGGAACAAGUCAAGAUCUUGUUCUCCAACAUUGAAGAGAUCUUGGAUGUACACCGGGAGUUUUUCUCAGCGAUGGAGGCCAGUCUGCAGCCCGAGCCUCAGCCUCAGCACGCGCUCGGCCACGUCUUCCUCCAGUUUAGAGACCGCUUCUCAGUGUAUGGAGAAUACUGUAGUAACCAUGAGAAAGCUCUCCGGCUGCUGAUGGAGCUCAAUAAGAUCCCCCACAUCCGCACCUUCUUACUGCACUGCAUGUUGCUGGGAGGGAAGAAGAGCACCGACGUUCCUCUGGAGUGUUACCUGCUCUCGCCAAUUCAGAGGAUCUGCAAGUACCCGCUCCUGCUCAAGGAGCUGCUGAAAAGGACGGCUAAGAAGCAUGCGGAUUACCCGGCCGUGGAGGAAGCUCUGCAGGCCAUGAAGGAAGUGUGCUCCAACAUCAACGAGACGAAGAGGCAGAUGGAGAAACUGGAGGCUCUCGAGCAGCUCCAAUCCCACAUAGAGGGCUGGGAGGGAACAAAUCUAACCGAUAUCUGUACUGAGCUGCUCCUCCAUGGCAAUCUGCUGAAGAUCUCAGCAGGAAACAUUCAGGAAAGGGUCUUCUUCCUGUUCGAUAACCUUCUCGUGUACUGCAAGAGGAAGUCCAGAGUUUCAGGGAAGAAGUCCACCAAGAGGACGAAGUCUAUCAACGGCCCGCUGUACGUCUUCCGUGGCCGAAUCAACACGGAAGUGAUGGAGGUGGAAAAUGUUGAAGAUGGAACCGCUGAUUAUCAUAGCAACAACUACACUGUGACCAACGGCUGGAAGAUUCACAACACGGCCAAAAACAAGUGGUUUGUGUGCAUGGCCAAGAAUGCAGAAGACAAACAAAAAUGGCUGGAUGCCAUUUUAAAGGAGCGUGAACAGCGAGAGAGUCUCAAACUGGGAAUGGAGCGAGACGCUUACGUUAUGAUCGCAGAGAAAGGAGAGAAGCUCUACCACAUGAUGAUGACCAAGAGCCGCCAUCUGAUCAAAGACCGCCGGAGGAAGCUCACCAUCGUGCCCAAGUGCUUCCUGGGAAAUGAGUUUGUCGCCUGGCUGUUAGAGAGUGGAGAAAUCAGUAAACCAGAGGAAGGGAUCAAUUUGGGCCAAGCACUGCUGGAGAAUGGUCUCAUCCACCACGUUUCAGAUAAGCACCAGUUUAAGAAUGAGCAGGUACUGUAUCGGUUCCGUUAUGAUGACGGCACUUACAAAGCCAGGAGCGAAAUGGAGGAUAUCGUAUCCAAGGGUGUGAGACUGUACUGUCGUCUCCACAGUAUGUUCAUACCUGUGAUUAAAGACAGAGACCACCACCUGAAGACGUUUAAAUCAGUGUUACCAGCUAGUAAACUGGUGGACUGGCUUGUCUCACAGGGAGACUGUUCUACCCGCGAGGAUGCCGUCACACUCGGGGUCGGCCUGUGCAACAACGGCUUCAUGCACCACGUCCUGGAAAAGAGCGAGUUCAAGGACGAAUCGCAGUUCUUCCGUUUCCACGCUGAUGAGGAGACUGAGGGCACCAGCACUAAAACCAAGCAGCUUCGCAACGACUUUAAGCUCAUCGAGAACAUCAUGGCUAAGUCCCUAGUGAUUCAUCCCGAGGAGGAAGACUAUGGAUUUGAGAUUGAGGAGAAGAACAAGGCCAUCAUGGUGAAGAGUGUAACCAGGGGUUCCCAUGCUGAGAUGGUGGGGUUGCAGGCAGGAAGAAAGAUCUAUUCCAUUAAUGAAGACCUGGUGUUCCUGAGGCCCUUCUCUGAGGUGGAGAUGAUGAUCAACCAGUCUUUCUGUAUACGCCGCUCUCUCAGGCUACUGGUUUCCACCAAAAACAAAGAGCUCGUGAAGAUUCCAGACUGUCAAGACGGCCUGUCAUUCAAACUGCGUGGAUCCUGUCCUCCAUAUGUUCAUGCUGUAAAGAAAGGGUCAGAGGCCGCAGCAGCAGGCCUGCAGCCCGGCCAGUGUGUGCUCAAAGUGAACGGCGCCAACAUGAGCCAGAGCAGUUACGAGGAGGUGCUGGAACACUUCAGCAGCUAUCGGCCCGAACAGUAUGAGAAGGAGCAGGGUUGCAGUCAGUGGGUGUACCGUGUGUAUGAUGACAUGGAUGAACAGGCAUUCAGCUCGUGCCUCUCAGAGAAUGGUUCAGAUGCAGAGGAAAACAGCUGUGCUAAUGGAACAGUCAGCGGUCUGCAACAUUUGUCCCUGUCUGGAGAUGGUCCACUGGUUAAUGUGAUGGUGGAUAAUGUUCACCUGGAACAUGGUGUUGUAUACGAGUACGUGAGCUCAGCUGGGAUCAAGCACCAUGUUCUGGAGAAGAUGGUGGAGCCAAAGGGCUGCUUCAGCCUUACAGCAAAGAUAUUGGAAGCCUUUUCUAAAGACGACAACCAUUUUGUGACGAGCUGCAGUCAGCUGAUUGCUCAGAGCGAGCGUGUCGUAUCGAUGCCACAGUAUGAGUUCAGAAAUAUCUGCGACACCAAACUGGAGAGUAUACGCAAACGUAUCUGCAGCUACCAACAGUUUGCAGACGAGCUGCAGAAUAAGGGCUCGCCCAUGCUUAAGCAGGCUAGCAGUAAACCUCACAUCCUGGGCUGCAUGGAUUUUGUCCCCACCAACUGCCACCUGAACCUGAUGCAGGUUUCAUGCCCCAAGAGCACCACAUCAGCCGGCCGUGCCUUCAGCAUCCGCUUCGGGCGCAAGAAUUCCUUUUUUGGCCUUGACCCAGACCAAGCCAAUCUGAACCCCAUGUCCCACACGGUCCACUGUGUGACCAGCAUGGCAGCCCCAUCCUGGAGCUGCAUGGGCCUGGAUGACGAGGAGAUGGAGGGAAUAGAUGGAGGCAUUGAGGCAUGCAGGAGGCACACGCAAGGUGAAGGAGGCCUUAGUUUUCUCCUCAAGCAGGAGGACACCGAGAGCCAGGACAACUACAUCUGCCUUUAUAACCGGCUGGACAUCGCGGUCAGGGAGAUGAAGCUCUACGUGGCUCAAAUUGAUGUGCUCCUGUCCUCCAUCACCGGUCCCAUCCAACCUCAGAGCUCUGAGCCUCCUUCCUACGACAAUGUGCCGUCUACUUCUCCUGGGCAUGAGGAGGCCAUUCAGGGCAAAAGAGUGUGCUUCAAAGUGAAUGAGGAUGAUCAGGAGGAUUCUGGACACGACACCAUGAGCUACAGAGACUCUUACAGUGAGUGCAACAGUAACCGAGACUCUGUGCUGUCCUACACGAGUGUACGAAGCAACAGCUCUUAUCUAGGGAGUGACGAGAUGGGCUCAGGAGAUGAGCUGCCAUGUGACAUGCAGAUUCCCCUGGACAAACAGGACAAACUACAUGGGUGUCUGGAGCAUCUGUUUAAUCAAGUCGACUCCAUCAACAGCCUCCUGAAAGGACCGGUCAUGAGCAAAGCAUGUGAGGAAACCAAGCAUUUCCACCCUGACCACACUCAGCCAGAAUUCCGCCACGCAGACGACUGGACAGCACGAUGCAGAUACAUCCUACACAAAAACAUCCAGGAGGACCCUUGGAACCUGCCCAGCUCCAUCAAAAACCUAGUGGACAGUCUGCAUCGCUUCGUAGAGGAUGGGAGGAAUCAGCUCUUGCUGGCCUUGCUGAAGUGCACAGACACGGAGCUGCAGUUGCGACGGGAUGCAAUCUUCUGCCAGGCCCUCGUGGGUGCGCUGUGCACACUAGCCGAACAACUGGUCUGGGCGCUCAACCUUCGCUACAACAACAAUGGUGAAUAUGAAGACGACUGCAAGGAGGUCAGCCACAAAUGGCUGGAGCAGAUCUCGGCAAUCGGAGUGCUCUUUAACUUCCAGUCCACUCUCUCGCCGCACGUGAGAGAGGAGCGCAUCAUGCUGGAAGACACAAAAGCAGCUCUGCAGGAUCUGGAUAAAGUCACUGUGUUCUUCCGACCAUUGGAGAAUGAAUGCCUUGUUGCAAACACGCCAGUGCAUUAUCAGGUGGAAGGCAGUCGGCAAGCAAUCCGUGUCACACUUUACCUGGACAGCUGUCAUUUCAGCGAGCUUCCUACACGUCUGCAGAAUGGAGGCAGCCUCAAGCUGCACUCGGCUCUUUUCACCAGAGCAUUGGAGAGGCCGGAAGGAGUGGCAGCUCAAGACUUUGUGGCCAUGGAGGAGUUUCAGCAGCGGAUCAACGCUGUGUCACUUGAAAAAGUCAAAUUUUAUUACCGGAGACUCAGGGCUUUCUAUUUAGAGAAAUCCAACUUAUCCUCCGGCUCAAAUUCCACCGCCAUGAAAAUAGAUCAUCUGCUUCGACCUCUCAACACCCUGGAUGACCUGUGCAGGCUCAUGCAGACAUACAUGAACGUGAAGCCGAGUGCGACGGGCCACCCAUCUGGAGUCAGUGUGCUGCUCGUGUCCUCAGAGCUGUGCAGCCGCUUGGGGGCUUGCAACAUCAGCAUGUGUGCUACUGGCAUGCAGAGGUGCACACUGACUGUCUCCUUGGAGCAGGCCAUGAACCUGGCCAGGAACCACGGCCUCAUUCCCCGUUGCUUCAUGCAGACUAUGGACAUUAUGCGCAAACAGGGCACCAGAGUAGAAAUCUCUGCCAAAAACCUCAAAGUGAUGGACCAGAUGCCUGCCUUCGCACCAAGACUCUUCAAGCUGUGUCUCCCACCUUCCGAUGGCGAUCUCUGAGUCUCUCACCGCAGCCUCUUGACCGUUCACUUGAAAUAUUAAACGAAAGACUUGUGACUUUGUGACAGUGAGACUUCUUAAAGAGGUCACUUUGCCUUCGCCAGACGUUUCCGUUGUACCACACCUCGGCUCUGAGAGGAUUUUUUUUAUAGGAGGCUGACUGAGGCUAACACAUCAGCCUGCAUGGAAAUAGUCUAGUCACAAUGCUAUCCUUGGCUAGCAGCAACUACUCUCACUGCUCCAGCACAGACUUCUCCUCUCAAUGUACUUGGAUUUUGCCACUGAUUGGUGCCGUUCCUAAGACUAUGGAUUAUGUUGUUUUUUUUUGUUUUUUUUAACCGAGUUACUAAACUACCUGUAACAGACUGUGUUCCUCUCUUUGCCUUGGACUGCAGCGUUGGUGAGCUAACCUGUUCUGUCUCUAGCUGGCGAGGCUAACAUCUCUUCCACUGCCUCAGACAUGUGGUGAUUAUGUGCAAUUACUGUAGCUUAGCAUGUGCAUUCCUGCACUGUUCCUUUCCGAGAGAAUUCGUCAAAAGGAGUAUUUUUAUUUUCCUUACAUCAGGUCUUAGAAAUUACUGAAAGCAUUCCAGUCUAACCACCUGACAGUAUUAUAUGGACCAAGCUG